CAUUUUUGAUAUAAUGUAUAAUGAGCGUCAUUGAGAGGCCAAUGUAUCAAUUUCAGUUAGUGGUUGACCUCAACAGCAACAACGUUUUGACGAACUUCAAACGUCAAAUGGGAGACGACCAUGAGUCGUUGUUAAAGGGUUUCGAAUAUUUUGACUGAAAGGAUUUAACCUAAAAUUGCCUUUAAAUAGUAACAAAGCAGUGUGAAGAUGCCUUCUUCAAGUGGAAUCCAAAGUCCAUGGUUCAUGCUAGGUGCUGCAGUUGUGGGCCUUGUCAGUGCUGCUGGAAUGAUACUAGCAGAACAUUUAAAGCAGGAGCGGAAGCGCCACUCAAUGACCCAGGAGAUGGCACGGAUGGACAAAAAAAUAUCCAGUUUAAUAGGGCAAGUGGAAACCCUGCAACGUAGCCAAUUGGAGCAGAAAAUUUUAGGCAAACUUUAUAAAACUAGUAAAUAUAGUGUGUCUCUGUGUAACCACCUGAAGGGCCAAACUUUUGUGGUGGCAGUUUUUUUAAGAAAACUAUUAAAUUGUACAAAGCCAAAGGGUAAAAGGAGAAGGCACAUUUCCAUGCUUUCAACUACAACUACUGAUGACUAUGCAAGUGCUUUGGAAUUAGAUAGUUCUGACCUUGAAUUUUAUGAUAUAAGUGAUGAGGAAAAUUCAAAAGCUAGCACAAUUACCCCACUGGAUAAUGUACUGAAAGAAAUUGAUGAAAAAUUGGAUUCAGGCCAAAAGAUCUAUUUGGAAGAAGCUCAAAGCAAGCUUCAGAAUCUAUGCUACGAAUUUCCAGAAUGCCCAGAUCUUCUAUGGCGGAUAGGGAAAGGGAUGCACAAAUUAUGCUUACUAAACGAUAAUGUACAAGAGAAAAUGGAAAUCAUAAGCAAGGGUCUUGAUGCUUGUAAACAGGCUUAUAACUUGAGGAGCGAAUGUGGCGAUACGCAUAAGUGGAUUGCUAUAUUGACGGGCGCCAGGAGCGAACAUCAGGGUUUGCGGGACAAAAUCAGGGACAGUGUUGAGUUCAAGAAACACUUGGAUCUAGCAAUAAAACUGAAGCCAGAAGACGCGACUCUCUAUUACCUCUUAGGUAGGUAUAUGAUGGAAGUGGCAGCGCUGAAAUGGUACGAAAGGAAAGCUGUAGCAACUCUAUUCGAGGAGUUACCCACAGCCACCUACGAAGAGGCCAUUAUACAAUUGAGCAAAGCUGCUGAACUGAAUAAUAACUGGAAAGAAAACAAGUUGGCAUUGGCCAAGUGUCAUAUCGGCCUAGGUGAUUAUAGCACAGCCGUCAGUCUGCUGGAAGAUGCCGAUAAAAUCAAAGAUUCAGCUGCAACGACGGGUGACGAUGUCGAUGGGGAAGUGAAGAACCUUUUGACAAAGUACAGCUCCUAUCGGUAGAAUAGUUUCCAAGUGUGCGUGCGUUUUCAUUAAUUUUUUCGUCAUAGGGGAUGUAGUGUCGCUAUUUUUUAUACUCGAAACUUUUCUACCAUUCCUUUUUCACGUGAUGUAUAGGUUUUAUAAGCAUUUGAAAAUUAAAUAAUUUGCUGAAUUAGUCCAUUUAUCCAAAAAAAAAAAGAUUGUUUGCUGCACUUGUUAUAUUAUGGAAGCACGUAAUUUUAAAGUGUUUAUUUUUUUAAAUAUAAAUCUUAUUUGUGAACUAUUAUACAUGAAGUAGUAAUUGUGAGCUACAUCACUGAGUGUAUUUAUAUUGUUUUAGAAUAUAUGUGUACUGGGCAUAA